GCGCGGUGCCCCGGAUGUGCCCGCCCGCACCGUCCAGUCCCGCGGGUGAAGUGAGGCGCAGCUGGAGCCGCCGCUCCACGGGGACUGUCCCCCCCCUCGCCCUCGCCGCCGCCGCCGCCAUGAACAACAAGUUCGACGCUUUAAAAGAUGAUGAUAGUGGAGACCAAGAACAUCAUGAGAAUAACUACUCACAGAAAGAGAAUGAGAAAGAAAAAACAGAUAAAGAGAAGACUCAAAACAUUACCAAAAGGAAGGCAGUUGUCCCUGGCCCAGGAGAACACCCUCUACAGUACAACUAUACAUUUUGGUAUUCCAGACGUACGCCAGGUCGACCCACCAGCUCUCAGAGCUAUGAGCAAAAUGUUAAACAGAUUGGAACAUUUGCAUCUGUUGAACAGUUCUGGAGGUUUUAUAGCCAUUUAGUUCGACCUGGUGACCUCACAGGGCAUAGUGACUUUCACCUGUUCAAAGAUGGCAUUAAACCAAUGUGGGAGGAUGAAGCUAAUAAGAAUGGUGGAAAAUGGAUUAUCCGUUUGCGAAAGGGACUAGCAUCACGCUGCUGGGAAAAUUUGAUUUUGGCAAUGUUGGGGGAACAAUUCAUGGUUGGAGAGGAGAUAUGUGGAGCUGUUGUUUCCGUUCGAUUCCAGGAAGAUAUUAUCUCCAUAUGGAAUAAAACUGCCAGUGACCAAGCUACAACAGCACGAAUACGGGACACAUUACGACGUGUUCUAAAUUUGCCACCCAAUACCAUAAUGGAAUACAAGACUCACACUGACAGCAUCAAAAAUCAUGGAAGCAUUUAUCGGGAAAUGGAAAAAUACAGUCAGUGAAUGAUGUCCACCUGUAACUGGGCCGAGGAAUAUUGUUGUUUCGUUUUUUUUACACUAAAGCUUUUGCCUAACUUGAGAAUACGUUGCUGGUGUUAAGAGCCCAAAAUGGUCCAUUUUCUAAUAAUAAUCACAAUCUACCCACAUAUUGCAAAUGUCAUAUUAAUGUUGGAACAGACUAGAAAUUUAAAGAGAUUAAAUGCAUAUUGAUGGUCAACAGUAUAAACACAGAAAUUAUACUCACUCCCAAGACUAAAAAUAAUAUUUUAAUAUUUACUUCCCCAGAGUUUCACUCCAUACCAUCCAACCAUCCUGGCUGUACUGUGUCUACUAAGGCGCAGUUAAAGGUUUAGUUAAACUAAGAUUGAUAAUAAUUCAUAAAAUGGUGGAAUUGGUUUUAAGCUAAAUUUUACAAAAAUAAUGACAACAAAUCUACCACUGUUUUCCUUCACCACUUCAUGAAAGUGAUAGUAUCUAGUGGAUGUACUUUUAGCAGGAAAAUCCCACAGCUGCCAUUGAUGAUUCUACAUGAUGAAUGAAGCAUUCAACAUAUUGAAAUAUAAAGUUUUGAUCUUUACUCCCACUAUAAUAUGACGUGAAUAUCUUAUCUUAAUUGAAUGUGGUCUGCGAGUGAAGCCACAAGCUAUCAUUGCUGCAUGGCAUUUAAUUUGGCCCAAAACAGUUAAUUUGUGUUACUCAAAUACACAGUUAAUUGUGUAACACUGACCCAUUUCUUCUAUCCAGAGAUGCUCCCUGUCCUGCUGAGUUACUCCAGCAUGUUGUGUCUACAGUGUAAACCAGCAUUUGUAGUUCCUUCUUACACAGUUAAUUUUAUCUUUGUCUAUUGUAUAUUUUGUACUUGACUAUUUCAAAAUGAAUGAUGAUUAAAAUGUACUUAUUCUUCAGAUUGUGUUCCAAUGUAACUUGCACUGUUUAUAAAGUGUUUCAAAACAA